ACGUUAUUAAUAUGUGAUUAAUAUACGCACUCAUACAUAUGCCAUUGCGUUAUUCAUUUACCGUGAUCUCGGUUGUAGUCCAUCGCCUGGUUCCCUGUGCUCUCGCUCCUUAAUUUCUAACAGGUUCAGGGCCUAGACACAAAAGCUUAAGAAAAGCUAUAAAGGCGUUGUGAUAAUUACCAGAUUACCCGAGUUACGGUCGGCAAUGGCGCAACCAGGGACGACUGCAAGCACGUGAGACAUAACCUCCAUAUCCAGCUUAGUGAAAUUGAAAGGCUUGGAAAAAUGGAUUAAUUGGUAAUUUGCUGUGAAAAUGGUGCUUACCCUCGACGGUUUAUGGGGCUGCGUCGGUGGCACAGACACGGAUACGACAAAGGACGGACUGUUAAUUUGUCUGUCAUGUGAACCACACCUCUACGUAAUCGACGAUAAAGAAACUGCUGAGAUUCUACUGGAGGAGUUCACUGUACUAGUGUUUAGCCUUGAGACGGCUAACCUCACCAGCACCUUGACCAGUGAAGUGGACAAAACCAGAUUACUUCAAGAAGAUCACAGACGAAGCCAAUGUAAUUGUAAUACAACAGACAACUUAGCCUUUAUGGCUACCAGGAAGAAGAAAACCAACAAUAACAUAUGUACUUGCUGUCAGAAGAUGGGCCGCUGCUUUAAGAAGAAGCGAGAAGAUAUAAAGAAAACUGGACAGAAGCACACUAUGUCUGCUCCCGCUUACUCAGCAACACAUUCCAAGGAAUAUGUGCGCGACAGCGGGACUUCGGCUCACAAGUCUGGUGACUUGUCUCUACUUCAUGAUGCCAAAAGCAAGCAAUGUGUGAUCAAAGUAGCCAAUGGACAGCAACUAAAUAGUGUAGUUAUUGGUUGAAGACGGCGUGAUGGCUCGGUGCAUUGCCUGCCUUACUUGGAAGAUGUGUGAAACAUCAUUUCCACAGUCAAGUGCAGUGCGUGCUGCCAACCUUCUGCACCUGGUGCUUUAUGACUGUGCCGGACUGGUUCUAAUACCCAGCUGGGGCGGAGCUCAGUAUUUGCUGACAUUUACCAAUGACAAAUCAAGAUGUAUCUUCAGCUGCCUUCUGAAGAAAAAGCCUGAGAGGAGGAGGCGAGCUCAACAGUGCAGUCCCUCUGUCUGGCCUGUAUCGCACAUCUGAAGAUACCAUCGAAGAUAGCGGCGAAGAUGUGGUGCUGUGUAGCCCCAUCACCUUUCUACCGCAACCCUCUGCAUCUUCAGAAUAUAUGAGCCGAUGUUGGCGGAAGCGUUUGUUGUUCCGACCAAAUCUCGCCCAGUGUGGAGUACCUGAGGUAUUUUCCCUAAAAGGUUUGAUAAUUUCUCACAUGUCAUCUCUUGGCUGCAGCAAGUUUAUCAGUUUCAUCACAGGAGCCGUUUACUUUCUCCGGCCGUGUAUUCACAUGAAAAACAUAAGUGGGUACGGUGCCAUGGACGGUAUUAGCUCAGAGUGGUUAUAAUCUAUGUGUAGGAGUUAGUUGACUGCCUAC